CCUGCGCCUGGGGCGGAGGUGGUGGCAUGGAGCCCACCGCGCCCCGGCAGGUCCCGGAGGGAGAGGGGCGCCCGGGACGCGCGCCAGCUGUUCUCAGAGCAAGCCGGGGCCAGUGAGGGGCGCCCCGGUCCCCUCAGCUCACGACCACCUCGGCGUGGACCCCGCAUAGCCUUCGCGCGAUGUGUUCGGAAGGCGAGGGGGGCAGAAGUGUGGCUUCCCCGCAGCACUGAUGCGCUCGCCCCCCCUCCCGUUUUCUGUGCUCCCUUCAGUCUCUACUCAACAACUUUUAAAAAUGACAUCUACAAGUACAGUUUCUAGAUUUUUUUUUUCCUUUGCUUACUGUCAAGCACGUUAUUUUCUCGCUAGAAUUUAAGCUCUCUUUAAGCUUCAUAAAGAACGGUGCAGCUGCUUCCGUUAGGAAGCCGUCCUUCCACGCGUCCACUGGACCCGCAUGGGCGUGGGCAAGUGUCCUGGCUGGUUCUGUUCUUCUUGUAGGUUCCCCUGGCCCAGUCCGAGGAGUUUCUCAUCGACCUUUUGGAUAAAGUGUGUCUGCGAAUGAACGAUUACCAGCUGGAGGACGACCCAGUGACUAAGCAGAAGUAUUUCAGGAGAUACGCUCCGAGAAAGGGAGACAAAAUAUACAAAGAAUAUAAAAAGUUCUUCUUUUAUUCCGAUGCCUUCAAACCUUUGAGAUUCGCGUGCGAAGCCAUCAUCGAAAAGUAUGAGGAUGAGAUAUUCGCACUUAUCGCCCAGGAGGCAACCCAUCUAGCUGACAUGCUGUGCAGUGAAAAAUCAGAUCUAUGCGGCACUCCUAUCAAUCAUCCUGAACCCUGAGAGUGAGGAGUGGAGUCAUGGCCCCAAAGGUCACUGCGUGCCUCCAUCCCUGUGUCUGCCCUGAUAAGGACGUUCAUCUCCCGUCUGCUGUACUUGUCUCAUGCGUGAUAUUGGUUUGAAAAUCUCUUGUUUGGCAUCGUGACAAGCCCCAAAUCUUCUUUUAGGUGAAGAGAGGUUUCUCAAACUGAACACCCCUUUGCAAAUUUGGAUGGAAGCUGGCUUGGCAAUAGAGCAUUAAGUUUGGCCGUGGGAAAAGGGUGAAGCCAUUUCUUUAAGUCAGUAGGGGUUUCAAGGGUGGGUAGAGUGUUUCAUAGCAAGUGUGUCUGACGUAUCCACACACAUGGUUUCCUGUUUGGGAAGAACUCAAUUUGACUUCUCAAAUACUCGGUCAGUUAUAAUUCAAGGCAUUUAGGUGCAGGUUAUUCUGGAAGGUUCUGUGUGGUGCAUGUAAAGUCCUCCUCCCCCAGUCAGGAAUGGGGCUUACAGAUCUGGAAACUCCUACAUCUUAGACCUUUAGCCCUAAGAUUCAGAAGAACAGAUGAAAAGGAGUGGCUACUUCUCACACCGAAUGGCCAUCACAGCUGUCUCCUAACCCGGCUCUGAGUUCAGAUGUUUCGGAAGGUUAUCGCACACUGGGUUGGGAAAGAUAUGGCACCGAACACAUUUUUGUCUUGCUUGAAGCUCUCUUGGUUUGUUUUCCCCUCAGUGAUCACAGUGUGUAGAUUUUUAUUUAUGUAUUUAUUUUUGGAUGUAGAGGGAAAUUCACCUUUCCUACGCUUAGUGUAUCGCAAUGUGGUAACAGCUUCUCCUGGGUGUUCUCAUUGUCUCUGCUAAAUUUGCAUUCAGUGGAAUUGAACUUUAAUUAUUCAGCAUGUGUGGGUACAGGUUACACCUGUUUAAUUAAAGAAAUUUUCAUCAUUGUCAGUGAAACUUGCAUGGGUAACAGGCAAAUUUUGAACCAGAAGAGCUAAAAUGGAUGUUUAUAAAACCAUCCAGAAAUGACAGUAUUUAGAUCAUUUACUGGGCUCCUCAGGCAGAAUAAUCUUUAUAUUUGCAAACAUUUACCCAAAUAAAGGGAAGAUAUUUCUAUUUUUUUUCCCUCCCCUUAGUCUUAAGUCUCAAUGUCACUUGUUUAUCUGGGAAUCUGAGAAAGUGUGUGCUUUUGCAAUGUGUCUGUGGCUGGCUGGAUCAUAGGUCCUCUGUAACCCUGAGGUUCUGUGUUCAAAACAAACAAGGAAGAGGAGACACAAGGACCAGUGAUGCUGCUUCCCAGCAGGGAAGAAAACUGUUACUUAAAGCAUAUUCUGAGCUAUAGUGGGCGAUGUCAGAGAGAGAGAGAGAGAGAGAGAGAGAGAGAAGGGGGACCCUUGUUCCUGUACCUUAUUUUUAUAACCUGUAAGAUUAAACUUGGCCUUUGAGACAGGAAGUCUUGUUAGCAUUCUUUUACCUGGACUUUCUCGGUAAAUGCACACUAUGGUGCUGUUUCAUAAAAUUGCCUUUAUGGGAACUUCCCAUUAUCAGGAGGGUUCUCACCUGCUGGGGCCUUUAUGAAGAUAUAUGGUCAGACACUUAGAUUAUCAUAUUUUCUUAGAUUUUUCACCAAACAGGGUUAUGGAUCUUACAAUGGUUUUGAUAUCUUGACAUUUUAAAAAAAUUCUUUUCCAUAUCAAGCUUUUGAAUUCAUACGAAUGCCUGUAGCUUACUGAGUUGCUGAUUAAACCUUGGUUGGAUUGAGAAUUACCCAGAGCCCCAGGUAUCUGCCUGCUUCCUGUAAGAUGCCUGCUUUUCUGGGAAGUAGGAGAGAGAAGCUGGGCUGGCUGGCCACUCUUUCUACCUUUAAAAUUACACCAAAUACAAAAGAAGAUGAAAAUCCAGUGGAAAACCACUCACCACUAAAAGCAAAAGAAAGAAGCACCCAACCUGCAAGAUGAAAAUUUCUUAGAGUUAACAAAAAUUUAGACCUCAGUCAAAAAAUAAAUAAUGAUGAUAAUAUUAAAGUUCCUGUUAAGACAGGGUCGGUGAUAAAAAACAGGAAGAGGAGACAUGGUCCAGUGAGAUGUGUUAGGGUUUCCAUGGAAUCCUCACUUGAGCCUGUAUCCUCACAACUCACGAAACAAACUGGCCUAGACAAGAUGCUUAUCUUUGUUCUACAGGUUGCUUUUUGCUAAGAACAAGCCAAGACUGCUGAGCCCAUUUUCUUAGAGAGUACAGAGCAGAACUGAGCCAAAGUCCCAACAGGAAACAUCAACACUUACUUAGACAAGUCCUAAGACAUAGCCAAAGCAGGAGUUCUGACAUACCUUUAUUAGCUUAUAUUGUGGUUAUUCUUAUAUACAUAGUUCAAUGUAAGAAAAAAGAGUUUAAACUGUCUAUCAGUCUUCAAAUUCAGAUUAUGGUAGGAUACUGGGGAAAAGUCAAUCUAGUAUAUGCUUUUGUGGUCUGUUCUUAAACUUGAUACAAACUUGUGAGCUAAUCAUAGACUUAGAAAUGGUAAAGGCCAAUCAGUAGCAUGUGGCACCAUUUGGUACCUAGAUACAGUGAAAGAACAUUAAAUUAUUGUAAUAAAAAUA